AUGAGAGGUGCUCAUAUUCUAUCUGCUUCAAUCCUGCUGUGCGGUGCUACCGUCGCCCAAAAAGCUGGGCCCUCUCAACACCAACACGCACUGGGAACUCCCAACGUGGAUGAAACAAGUUCCCCUCCCGAUUUCCGCGGCUUCCAACUAUGGAGCGAAAUUGACAAACUAGACGCCAAAACGCUCUCAAAACUCAGCCCGGCAUGCAGGUCAUCCAUGACACGGAGGCUUCACUGUCACAAGGAGACGCGAUCCCUACGGGGGCGGUUUGGGCGUCGGAGGCGGAGUCUGGGUCUGGGAAGCGACGCGCUCAGCGAUCUUGUCUGUGACAGCAGCUGCGGGGAGUCCAUCGCCGCGUGGUUUGAGGGCGUCGAGCGCGAUUGCGCGACGUUAGAGGAGAGGAUCCUCUUUCCGGCCCAGCGGGGUGGGCAGUUGUGGGCGGGGUGGAACGAGACUUGUCUUAGGAAUGAGGGAACAGAGAGAUAUUGUGGUGGUAGCUUCUUCUUUCUCCACCCGUCUCGAAUGGUAUAG